AUGGCCGACGACGGCAGCGGCAGGGUCGCAGCCGCAGCGGCUGGCGGGCCGGACGUAGGCGGCGACAACCACGGUAACCUUGCCAGCACGAGCACCAGAACCGCCGCCGCCGUCUCCAGUGGGCCUGAACCUGGACCUGGGCCCGGACAGGGACUGCAGCAGACCCCCAGCAGGGCCGUUUCGUUUCGAAACCUCAACCAUCACCGCCGGCAGUCGCAGAGCGAGCGAAUCAGUGAGAUCCUCGAGACCGCACGCAGCCGCGCCGAGAGCAUGAGCCCCGAGCCGGGCCCGGCGGCUUCACGGCAGGCGUCGUCUCUGCAGCAGCAGCAGCAGCAGCAGGGCAACCACCAGCUCUCGGGCGAUGAGGUCAGCGCCGACGAGCUGACGGGCUUCAUGUCCCGCGGCUCCUCGCGCAGCUACCACGCCGUGCAGCGGACCGGGACCUCGCGGUCGCGGCGGUCCAUAUACGACCACCCGUCCCAACCGCAAGUCGACGAGGAUGAGGAGCUUCCCGCGCGGCGCUCCACCCGGAGGAGCUCCCGGGGCUCGACCAACGGACCCUCUGACAGCAACGGGAGGUCAGGCAAGGGCGACGACAAAGAGGAGCUGACCUGGUGGAGGAAGCCGCUGGGCACGUUCCAGUCCAUCGAGCUGGAGAACAAAGGCAGCGUCGCCAGAGACCAUCUUGCGCUCGAGCGCACGUUUCUCGCUUGGCUGCGGACGUCGCUGGCCUUUGCCUCGAUCGGCAUCGCCGUGACGCAGCUAUUCCGGCUCAACACGUCCCUCUCGGACACGGGCAGCGACAUUGGCAGCGGCACCCUGAAGCGCCUGGGCAAGCCCCUCGGCGCCACGUUCCUCGCCAUCAGCAUACUGACGCUGCUGCUGGGGUUCCGGCGGUACUUUCACGGCCAGGACUGGGUGAUCAAGGGCAAGUUCCCCGCCAGCAGAGGCACCAUCAUCGUGGUCGCCUUCGUCGCGCUGGCCAUCAUGGUGGUGUCGCUCGUCGUGGUGAUUGUAAUACACCCGACGGAGGAUAUGGAUCUUUGA